CAGAUUUCCCAGUGUCUAAAGCCACUUUUGAAGUUUUGUUUGGAGAGAAGAAACCAGAGACAGCAACUCCUCAGUUUUAGAAAGUCAUCUUUUGCAUCAUGUUGAGGAAAGAAGAAAUGCUGCCUGGACAGCAGGAUUUUAAUCUGAAUGUUGAUCAGGAGGACAUUAAAGAGGAACAAGGGAAACUCUGGACAAGUCAGGAGGAAGAGAAGCUUCACCAGCUGGAGGAUGCUGAUAUCACCAAAUUACCUUUUACUAUUGUCCUUGUGAAGACAGAAAAUGAAGAAAACCCAUUGACAUCACAGGAACAUCAAAGCUUGAAUUUUAACUGCCCAAAGAACAGUGAUACCUUUGCUAGCAAUAAUAGGUGUAAAAUAGCUAGGAAACAAUUCAAUUGUUCUGAAUGUGGAAAAUCAUUUGGUCACAUUAACAAAUCAAAGCAGCGGAAGAGAAUUCAAACAAGUGAAAAGUUUGUAAUCUGUCCAGAGUGUGAUGAAAGGGUGAGGCAAAAGAGCAAUCCGAGCACGCACAUGAGAAGUCACACAGGGAAGAAUCGAUUUAGCUGCUCUGAAUGUGGUAAAACAUUUGGACAAAAAAACACUCUGAAUACACACAAGAGAAUUCACACAGGAGAAAAACCAUUUGUCUGUCCUGAGUGUGGUAAAGCUUUUGGACAAAAAAUGAAUCUGAAUAGACACAUGGGAAUUCAUACAGGAAAGAAAUUAUUUGGUUGUUCUGAGUGUGGUAAAAGAUUUAGAGACAACAGCCAUCUAAACUCACACAUGAGAAUUCAUACAGGUGAGAAACCAUUUGUCUGUUAUGAGUGUGGUAAAAGAUUUCGAGACAAAAGCAACCUAAACCUACACAUGAGAAUUCAUACAGGAGAGAAACUAUUUGGCUGUUUUGAAUGUGGUAAAGAAUUUCGAGACAAAAGCCACCUAAACACUCACAUGAGAAUUCAUACAGGUGAGAAACCAUUUGUCUGUUCUGAGUGUGGUAAAAACUUUAGAGAAAUAGGCCAUCUGAAAAAACACAUGAGAAUUCACACGGGAAAGAAAUUAUUUAGCUGUGAUAUGUGUGGUAAAUCAUUUAGUCAAAAAGGAAACCUGGAAACACACAAAAUUCACACAGGAGACAAACCAUUUAUCUGUACUGAGUGUGAUGAAAGGAAAAAAUGAUCUGCGUAAACAAGAAAAUUUAUAUUCUUAUGUAGACUUUCAACUUUUUCCUCGUUUGCCACAGAAAAUUGGAUAUGGAUCAACAUGUUAAUUUGACACACAUUUUACACCAGGUUCCUUCCCUUGCAAAACUCUACAUUGUGCAAUGUUUCCCAAAAGUUUUUUGGUCAUGCACCCCUUUGUUCAUCUUUACUUAGUUAGCUCAUUCCUCACCACCAUCAACCCCCCCCAAACAAUAACCGGUGUUGUGCUAAAUAGCUGUUUUGUCCUUCUCAGUGAUAACGCAUCCAUUUUGUGUGUUGCUACAGCAGUCAGAAGUUGAAAAUGUUUCCCUUUUGAUGGCAAGUGCUGUGACAUCACUCCAUAAAAGAAAACAAAGCCUUCCAUAUUUAGGGAGUUGCUGCCCAGUGAUGGCCGUAUCAGCCGAGGGAAUUUCUACAUUGUAUUUAUUUCUGCCAUGACUGCGUUUCUUUUGCACACCCCCUAGGGGAAAAUAACAUGGCAAUUCAUACGACGGGGGAAUUUGGAUCAAAGAUCUACAUAUGCAGCUUGACCUCCCAUGGCCUUUUUGAAGUGCUUCUGAAAGAUGUGACUUUUACUUGUGGCAGAAAGUGGCCCAACUAUACAUGUACAUAACAUGGUCUACAUAUUAAUAUAGAAAUACAUGUUGCACGUAGUCCAUGUGGCCCAACUAUACAUGUACAUAACAUGGUCUACAUAUUAAUAUAGAAAUACAUGUUGCACGUAGUCCAUGACAAGUGCAAAUGUUUUAAUAACUGUACAGGUUUCAGGUUCAUAAAAGCAUGGUUUGUGUGUAGAGCUUUCAGUUCCAUGUAUUCUGUUUGUGAUAAGUUGAUAAAAUAACAUACCUCAUCAUUGCAUCAGACAGCAGGGGAGGAGCUGUCUAAUUCAUGGCAGUGCUGAAAUUAUUACAGAGCCAUCAAAUGCAGAGCCAGCAGAGCCCCCCCCCCCCCCCCCCCCGCCCAAGGAAAGUGGUCACUCCACAUCUCCCCACUCCCCAUUAACUGCAAGAGUUUGAACUUUAUAUGCACUUGUCACUUUCUGUUGUCUGUACUUUUAAACUGACAUUUUUAGUAUGUGCCAUGGGCACAAUU